CAGCACUGGCGCGGCCAGAGUAGCUGUAACUGCCGCCGCGAUGCCGAAGGGUCCUAAGCAGCAGCCUCCGGAACCCGAGUGGAUCGGGGACGGAGAGAGCACGAGCGCCGCAGACAAAGUGGUGAAGAAAGGAAGGAAGGACAAGAAGAACAAAAAGACGUUCUUUGAGGAGCUGGCCGUAGGAGCUAAGCAGGCCGGGAAAGAAGAGCACGUGCUCGAGGAGAAGGAGAAGCAGCAGCAGCAGCAGCAGCAAAAAAAGAAGCGAGACACCCGAAAAGGCCGGCGGAAGAAGGAUGUGGAUGACGAUGGCGAGGAGAAGGAGCUCCUGGAGCGUCUGCAGAAGCUCUCAGUGCCCGCCAGUGACGAGGAGGGAGAGGUACCUGUCCUGACACCCCGAGGAGGGAAGAAAACCAAGGGGGGCAAUGCUUUUGCAGCCCUGAUUCAGGAUCAGAGUGAGGAAGAGGAGGAGGAAGAGAAACAGGCUCCUGCGCCUGCCAAGCCAGAGAAGAAUCGAAUCAACAAGGCCGUAUCUGAGGAACAACAACCAGGCCUCAAGGGCAAAAGGGGAAAGGAAGAGAAGUCAACUGGGAAGGCCAAGCCUCAAAAUAAAUUUUCCGCUCUGGACAAUGAAGGUGAAGAAGAUGGAGAAGAAAAAAUAAAAGAAAAAGAGCCACCCAAGCCAGGGAGGAAGAAGGCAGAGCAGCUCUCACAGGGCUCAGAGGAAGAAGGAGAGGAUGAGGAAGGAGGGGAGCCUAAGGCCAGUGAUCCCUACGCCCACCUCAGCAAGAAAGAGAAGAAGAAGCUGAAGAAGCAAAUGGAGUAUGAGCGCCAGGUGGCUUCAUUAAAGGCAGCUAAUGCUGCUGAGAAUGACUUCUCCGUGUCACAAGCAGAGGUGUCCUCCCGCCAAGCCAUGUUAGAAAAUGCAUCUGACAUCAAGCUGGAGAAGUUCAGCAUCUCGGCCCAUGGCAAGGAGUUAUUCGUCAACGCAGACCUGUACAUUGUGGCUGGCCGCCGCUAUGGGCUAGUUGGACCCAAUGGCAAGGGCAAGACCACUCUCCUCAAGCACAUUGCCAACCGAGCCUUGAGCAUCCCCCCCAACAUCGAUGUGUUGCUAUGUGAGCAGGAGGUGGUAGCGGAUGAAACACCUGCAGUACAGGCUGUUCUUCGAGCUGACACCAAGCGAUUAAAGCUGCUGGAAGACGAGCGACAGCUUCAGGCGCAGCUGGAGCAGGGUGAUGACACGGCUGCCGAGCGACUGGAGAAGGUGUAUGAGGAAUUGCGGGCUAUCGGCGCGGCGGCCGCAGAGGCCAAGGCCCGGCGGAUCCUGGCAGGUCUGGGCUUCGACCCUGAAAUGCAGAAUCGGCCCACACAGAAGUUCUCGGGGGGCUGGCGCAUGCGUGUCUCCCUGGCCAGGGCACUGUUCAUGGAGCCCACACUGCUCAUGUUGGAUGAGCCCACCAACCACCUGGACCUCAAUGCUGUCAUCUGGCUCAAUAACUACCUCCAGGGCUGGCGGAAGACGCUGCUCAUCGUCUCCCAUGACCAGGGCUUCCUGGAUGACGUCUGCACCGACAUCAUCCACCUGGAUGCCCAGAGGCUCCACUACUACAGGGGCAAUUACAUGACCUUCAAGAAGAUGUACCAGCAAAAGCAGAAAGAGCUGCUCAAGCAGUAUGAGAAGCAGGAGAAGAAGCUGAAGGAGCUGAAGGCAGGUGGCAAGUCUACCAAGCAGGCGGAAAAGCAAACAAAGGAAGCCCUAACCCGGAAGCAGCAAAAAUGCCGACGGAAAAACCAAGAUGAGGAAUCGCAGGAGGCCCCCGAGCUCCUGAAGCGCCCCAAGGAGUACACCGUACGCUUCACGUUCCCCAACCCCCCUCCACUCAGCCCACCUGUGCUGGGCCUGCAUGGUGUGACGUUUGGCUAUGAGGGGCACAAACCACUCUUUAAGAAUCUGGAUUUUGGCAUCGACAUGGACUCGAGAAUCUGCAUUGUGGGCCCUAACGGUGUGGGGAAAAGCACCCUGCUCCUGUUGCUGACAGGCAAGCUGACACCGACUCAGGGGGAAAUGAGGAAGAACCACCGGCUGAAAAUUGGCUUCUUCAACCAGCAGUAUGCAGAGCAGCUGCGCAUGGAGGAGACACCCACCGAGUACCUGCAGCAGGCCUUCAACCUGCCUUACCAGGACGCCCGCAAGUGCCUGGGCCGCUUCGGUCUCGAGAGUCAUGCCCACACCAUCCAGAUCUGCAAACUCUCGGGUGGGCAAAAAGCCCGAGUUGUGUUUGCAGAGCUGGCCUGUCGGGAGCCCGAUGUCCUCAUCUUGGAUGAGCCCACCAAUAACUUGGACAUUGAGUCGAUCGAUGCUCUGGGGGAGGCCAUCAACGAGUACAAGGGUGCUGUGAUCGUUGUCAGCCACGACGCCCGACUCAUCACGGAAACCAGCUGCCAGCUAUGGGUGGUGGAGGAGCAGAGUGUCAGUCAGAUCGACGGCGACUUUGAGGACUACAAGCGAGAGGUGUUAGAGGCCCUGGGUGAAGUCAUGGUCAACCGCCCCCGAGAGUGAUCUUUCCUUCCUGGAGACUGGCUUGCGUGGCCUAGGUGUUCGUUGUCUCUCCACCUCCACCCAGAAUGCCUCUGGUCUGCAGCUGACAGGGAAUCGGAGGUGGUCUUGAUAUGACCCGGUUGCUUCCUUUCCUCUGAAAGACUUGUCUGUUUACUUUUCUUUAUGUAACUGAGCUGCCUUACUCCUGACACCCCUUGGUGCCAGCAGAGGGGCCGUGACUUCUUCACCGUGGGUUCCAUCUAGCCAAACUCAAGUGGCCAGUUGUCUUGAAUCUCGUCGCUCCAACCUGCCUCUGGUCCACCUGACAGCCUCGGCCCAGCAGCACCUGAGUACUGCUGCUCUUUCCUCGUGGAUUUCAUGCUGGCCUGGUGACACGAACACUGUGGCACCUGUACUGGAGAGUCAGGCCUGUGCUAUCACCCAGGAUUUGGGGAUCACUUGGGGUCAGGAAAGGAAUGCUGCUGAAUUCGGAUUUCCCUGUACACAGGCAAGGAAUAAAGGAAAGGGGUUACUGCUGCCCUGUCUGCAGA